GCGCUGCGGUUUGACGUCUUCACCGCGCUCUCUCCUUCCCCUCAGGUGUUCAACCUUCGCGCGCUGGCCGAGCCUCAGCUCCACGGUUGAACGUGCGCUCUCUGUAGCCUUGCGUCAUGUUCCCGGCCGUCUCCUCUCCGCGGACCCCGGGGCCCGGGGCCCGAAGGGGCCCGCUGGGCGGAGUUGGGCCGGGCUCCACGCCCCGGGCGACCAGCAGGAAGGGUCUGGCCCUGGGGUCUUCGGUCAGCUCUCCGGUGUUCUUCUCGCCGGCCGGCCGUCGUAGCUCGCUGAGCUCGCGAGGAACACCUACACGAAUAUUCCCGCACCACUCCAUAACUGAGUCUGUGAACUAUGAUGUGAAAACAUUUGGAUCUUCUCUCCCUGUUAAAGUCAUGGAAGCCUUAACAUUGGCUGACGUUGACGAUCAGCUGACUGUUCACAUAGAUGAAGGUGGAUGGGCUUGUCUGGUCUGCAAAGAGAAACUCAUUAUUUGGAAGAUUGCUCUGUCACCUAUUACCAAGUUAUCUGUUUGCAAAGAACUUCAGCUGCCACCUACUGAUUUCCACUGGAGUGCCAACUUGGUGGCUCUGUCUUACUCUGCUACCUCAGGUGAAGCACAUUCUACUCAGGCUGUUGCUGUCAUGGUUGCCACCAGAGAAGGAUCCAUCCGCUAUUGGCCAAGCCUUGCAAGUGAAGACACCUACACAGAGACGUCCGUAGAUCUGGGAGGUGAUAAGACUUGCAGUUUCCUAACGACAGUGCAGGGAGGAAGUUUUAUUUUAUCCUCAUCGGGAGGCCAGCUGAUUCGCCUGAUACCCGAAAGUGUAGGAAAAAUUCAUCAGCAUAUCCUGCCUCAAGGGCAAGGUGUGCUUUCGGGAAUUGGUCGGAAGGUUUCUUCUCUUUUGGGAAUUUUAUCUUCUAGCAGUGAUCUCAUACUUUCAAGUGUCCUUUGGGAUAGAGAGCGAUCAAGCUUUUAUAGCUUGACAAGUUCAAACAUCGGUAAAUGGGAAUUAGAUGAUUCUUCAGAAAAACAAGCACAUAGUUGGGAUAUAAAUAGAGUCCUGAAGGAAAACAUUAUUGAUGCUAUCUGGGGAUCUGAAAGUAACUAUGAAGCUAUUAAAGAAGGGGUCAACAUUCGGUAUUUGGAUUUGAAGCAAAACUGCGAUGGUCUCCUGAUUUUGUCAGCGGCAUGGCACCUGGCAGACAAGCCCUGUCUCGUCUAUUACUCGCUGGUAACAGUAGAAGAUAACGGCUACCAAAUGUCAGAUGCAGUGACUGUGGAAGUCACUCAGUAUAACCCACCUUUUCAGUCUGAAGACUUGAUUAUAUGUCAGUUGAUGGUCCCAAACUUUUCAAACCAGACUGCCUAUCUGUAUACUGAAAGUGCUGUCUACGUGUGCUCCACAGGAACUGGGAAGUUUUCUCUUCCUCGGGAGAAAAUCGUCUUCAAUACACAAGGAGAUAGUAUUUUAGGAGCUGGUUCCUGUGGGGGCGUUCCUAUCCUUUUUUCCAGAAACAGUGGAUUGGUGUCAAUUACUUCAAGGGAAAAUGUGUCCGUAUUGGCAGAAGACCUUGAAGAUUCCCUGGCAUCUUCAGUUGCUGGACCAGGCAAUGAAAGUGUGGUUUUUGACACCUCUACCAAGAAUGAAACUAUUGCCCGGGAAGAUAAAACCAAAUUGCUAAAAGCUGCUUUUCUGCAAUACUGCAGAAAAGAUUUAGGUCAUGCUCAAAUGAUAGUCGAUGAGCUGUUUUCCUCUCACUCUGAUUCGGAUUCCAAUUGUGAACUAGACAGAGCUGUUACCCAAAUCAGCGUGGACCUGGUGGACGACUACCCUGCUUCUGAUCCACGGUGGGCUGAGUCUGUCCCCGAGGAAGCACCUGGGUUCAGCAAUACAUCUUUGAUUAUUCUCCACCAACUCGAAGACAAGAUGAAAGCCCAUUCUUUCCUUAUGGACUUCAUUCACCAAGUCGGCUUGUUUGGACGUCUCGGCACUUUUCCAGUGAGAGGGCUGCCGAUGGCCACACGGCUGCUGCUCUGUGAACACGCUGAGAAGCUGGCCGCCGCCAUCGUCCUCAAGAACCACCACUCGAGGCUUUCCGACCUUGUCAACACAGCAAUACUGAUGGCCUUAAACAAGAGGGACUGCGACAUCCCGUGCAACCUGACUCCCGCAGACGUCUUCUUCAGAGAGGUGUCCCAGGUAGAUAGCGUCUGGGAGUGCUUACUGGAGCACGAGGAGCAAGUCUUGAAGGACACGGCCUUGGAGCCAGCUGAAUGGGCGGAGGCGGCGAUCAGUGUGAACAGUAUUCUCAAGGACAUGCUGCAAGCUGCUAGUCAUUAUCGACAAAAUAGAAACUCCUUGUAUAGAAGAGAGGAGCCAGUAGAAAAAGAACCUGAGUAUAUUCCGUGGACAGCAACGAGUGGUCCUGCCGGCAUUCGAACAGCAAUAGUGCGCCAGCAUGGGAUUGUCCUGAAAAUGGUUUAUCCUCAGGCGGAUAGCAACCUCCGAAACAUUCUGACAGAGCAGCUGGUAGCACUGAUUGAUUGCUUCCUGGAUGGUUAUGUUUCUCAGCUCAAGUCUGUGGACAGAUCCAGUGAUCAAGAAAGAUAUAACAAUCUGGAAAUGGAAUACCUGCAGAAAAGAUCAGAUCUCUUAUCUCCGCUUCUCACACUAGGCCAGUACCCAUGGGCUGCUUCAUUAGCAGAAAAAUACUGUGACUUUGAUAUCUUAGUACAAAUGUGUGAGCAGACUGACAACCAGGCCAGACUGCAGCGCUACAUGACACAGUUUGCUGACCAGAAUUUUUCAGACUUUCUCUUCCGUUGGUAUCUGGAGAAAGGAAAGCGAGGCAAAUUAUUAUCUCAGCCUAUUUCUCAGCACGGACAGUUGGCCAAUUUUUUGCAAGCUCAUGAACAUCUCAGCUGGUUACAUGAAAUUAACAGCCAAGAAUUAGAAAAGGCUCAUGCAACACUUCUGGGUUUGGCAAAUAUGGAAACUCGUUACUUUGCAAAGAAAAAAACCCUUCUUGGCUUGAGUAAAUUGGCUGCAUUAGCUUCAGACUUUCCAGAAGAUACACUGCAAGGAAAAAUUGAAGAAAUGGCUGAGCAGGAGCGCUUCCUACUGCACCAGGAGACGCUGCCUGAACAGCUGCUGGCCGAGAAGCAGCUGAGUCUCAGUGCGAUGCCGGUACUGACUGCACCACAGCUCAUUGGCCUGUAUAUCUGUGAAGAAAACAGAAGAGCUAAUGAGUAUGAUUUCAAGAAAGCUUUGGACUUGCUUGAAUAUAUUGAUGAGGAGGAAGAUAUAAAUAUAAAUAAUCUAAAACUGGAAAUCCUUUGCAAAGCUCUUCAGAGAGAUAACUGGUCCAGUUCAGAUGGUAAAGAUGAUCCAAUUGAAGUAUCUAAAGACAGUAUAUUUGUGAAAAUCUUACAGAAACUUUUAAAAGAUGGCAUUCAGCUCAGUGAGUACCUGCCAGAGGUGAAGGACCUGCUGCAAUCAGACCAGUUGGGAAGCUUGAAGUCCAAUCCUUACUUUGAGUUUGUUUUGAAAGCUAAUUAUGAAUACUACGUCCAGGGACAAAUGUGAUUUUGCUAAAAUGGUCAUUGUUCCUGAAAAUUUUUAUGAGUGUGUCCUUAUAAAAAUUUUAGGCCUUAAAUAUCUAGAAGUUUGUACAGUUUUAUAACAUGUAUUCCUGAAUUUUUUAUACUGUAUUUGGAAGCUACUACAAAAUAGUUGUAUGACUGUGGUUUUAGUUUUUGGUUACAUGAUAAUUUUUUCUUCCUCUUUUCCUUCUGAAGUUUAUCUGUGGGUUUCAUACUUGCUACCCUUCCUUUUUAUCUCACUCCAUCCAGGGCCCUGGUUCUGGCUACACGUAUGCACGGGUCACUUCUAGGCUUCAGCCUCUGUAACUCUAAAAAUGGAAAGAGUGCACUAAGUUGUCUCUGAAAUUGCUGUGGCUCUGGAUGUUACGUACUGGACAGUGUCUGGAAUAUUUGGUGUCCAUUUUGGUUAGGUCUGGGGAAAAUAUCUAGUGGGGUAAAUGUCAAAAUUUGCCAACUUAUUAUGAAACUAAAGGACAAAGUGGGCCUAAUUCAUUGUGAGCUUGAUAACUGAUUACUUCACUGGGAAAAAUGUCAGACUUUUCUACAUAAAUAAUAGAGUAUUAAUAAAAGUAUUUUGGUGAAUAAAA